UCAACGGCUGCUCGGCGGGCUCAAGAUGGAGGAUCCGGGGGACACCACCUGUAAUAUUGUGAUCAGCACUGAACCUUCGCCUCACAGUAAGCCCAUCAUCUUUGACCCCAAUUUCUUUGUGGAAAAACUUCGUCAUGAGAAGCCAGAAGUCUUUCUGGAGCUAGUUGUGAGCAAUCUGACCCGUCUCAUUGACCUGCCUGGCACAGAAUUUGCACAGCUCAUUGGUGAUGAGGAACCCAAGUUACCUGUCAACGCCAGUUUCUUCCGCUCUUUCAACUUCCUGAAACGCAAAGAAAAGGGAGUUGUAUUUGGAGCUCCACUGACAGAAGAAGGGAUCGCUCAGGUUUAUCAGCUCAUUGAAUAUCUUUACAAAAAUCUCCAUGUAGAGGGCCUGUUUCGUGUUCCUGGAAAUAUUGUGCGACAGCAGUUCCUGAAGGAAGCUUUAAACAGUGGAGCAGACAUAGACCUGGAUUCUGGAGAAUUUCAUCCAAAUGAUGUAGCAACUCUGCUGAAAAUGUUCCUUGGGGAACUUCCAGAACCACUUCUCAGUCAUAGGCAUUACAAUGCUCAUCUCAAAAUAGCAGGUCUAAUGGUAUUUGAUACAAAGGGGAAAAAAGCCGUCCCUGACAAGGACCGUCGAAUUGAGGCUCUCCAGCUGCUCUUCCUGUUACUGCCCUUAGCCAGUCGAAACUUGUUGAAGCUUCUGUUGGACUUGUUGUACCACACGGCCAAACAACAGGAUAAGAACAAGAUGUCUGCCUUGAACUUGGCACUAAUGUUCGCCCCACACAUUCUCUGGCCCAGGAAUAUGGUUGCCGCUGACCUCCAGGAGAACAUCACCAAGCUAAAUAAUGGAGUGGCAUUUUUAAUUAAACAUUCUCAGAAGCUUUUUCGGGCACCAGCAUACAUUCGAGAACUUGCCAGGCUACAGUUCACAGGAUCAAAAACUGCUGUUUCCAAGGAUGACCUGGAUUUGUUGCCAGUUCCAGACUGCCCAGACUUGCUCUCUGUGAAGGGUGUGAAGCGGAGCCGGCUGCAGUCGGUCAGGAGACAUGAAGAAACGCAGCAGCGGACGGAGGAGGCUCUGAGGGAACUAUUUAAGCACGUCAGCAACAUGCCUGAUUCUGCCAAAAAGAAGAAACUCGUGAGACAGUUUAAUAAAAGCUCGGUUUUUGGAACUCCUGAAGGAUUUGCUUUGCCCAGAACCAAGAAACAUGUGCGCUCCCGGUCAUUUGGAGGCCUUAUUAAGCGUAAAGUUUUAGGCGGUCACUAUGUGACAGAGAGAAAGAGCAGAAUCCUGAUGCCUGAUGUGGUGACUCCGAGCUGUGAACACCCAAGGGAGCAGGGGAAGGAGAACCUGGAUCAGAAGCCCAUGGAGCUGUCGUCUCUGCACUUCAGUCGCAUCCGAUCAAAGUCGACAGAUGAGAUCCUCAGUGAGAGGAAGGAAGCCCACAGAGGGACUCGAAUGAUCGUAACACAGGAGUCAGCCAUCUAGCCUCAGUGUUUUGCUGACUUGAAGCUGUGGAGAUCUGCCUGAGCAUCAGGACAACCACUAAUAGGAAGUGAAAUGUUGGGUGUUUACAAUGACUUUAUAGCAUGAAUUCCCUGUGGACACAAGUUAAAUUUUGUACAGUCUGGGAUCAAACUGGCUUGAUGAAUGUCAUGGGACAAUGGAUCGCUGGUUAAAAGGCUCAUCUCCUGUGAUGAGCUUGGAUAUGUGGAUUUAAAGGGCUUGGGUGUGAGGAGAGUGUGACAGAGGUAAGUUGCAGAAAGGUGGUAAGUGACUGAAAAUGAGCCUGCUGGUUUGAAAUUAAUUUUUUUUAGAACAUUUUAAUAAUUGGCUGUCAUUACAUUAAAUGCUGUCUGUCCACAAUGUUCCAACACCUUUCACAGGUCUUUGUACUGAAAAACAUGGAACCAAAAACCUGUUAAGGCUCAUCAAAGUGAGGGUUGGAUCUCAAGGCAGUGGGAUGGGGUCAUGAAUCUGGCAGUGUUGGGAAGAGAAUCAAGGAUUGUCACAAAGGGUCAGGAUUUCAGCCAAAGGUCGGGGCAACCUGGGGCCUGCAGAUGCAGACACUGCCCCAGCAGACCACUGACUAACGUGUCAUUAGUUUGAUGACCUUUAUUUUGUGUUAUGGGAGAUCUCACCCAUCCUGCCAGUCGGCCCAAAGAGGUGUGCUGGUAAUGGUUUAACCCAGAGACCUCUGCCUGUCCAUGGGGAACUGUAAAUGAGAAAUAUUGAUCUUUUAAGUUGGCAGGAGAGUUUAGUGUCUGUUGGUGUGAGGAAGAGGAGGCAAUGAGUUUGUGGGAGGAGGUCAUGAUGGUCAAGGGAGAGUAGUGGAAAGUAUAAACUGGUAGAACUCCAUUUGUAAAAUACUUGCCUAAUUUCUACUGAAUCAAGAUGUCCUUUCUCAGUGUGCUGGACUGGCAUUUAUCUUAUCUUAUUAAGUGCUUUGAGUAUUCUAUACUAAUGUCAUUUUAAACCUGUCAGUGAUGUUUGCUGGCUGCCAGUCAGUGCACAGGAAGAGGAUGAACCUUGGACUUGUAAACAGGGAGACCAGGCUCCUGGUUUGUUAACCCCCCCCCCCCCCCCCCCCCCCCAAUAUCACAUCAGUCUUGGCCAGGAGUAAGGAUGCUUGCUUUUGAUAUCUUGGCUGAGAUAUGAUGGGCUCACAUUUUUCAGUUAAAUUGCACUGAACAAUGCAUGGGUGUUAAACCCUAUAGUUGAGGGCUGUGUGUUUAGUCUAAAGCGGGUGCCUUUCCCCAAUGAACUGGCACCACUUCAAUUCCAAUAUGUGAUUGUGUGAAUUGGCUCUGAAAUAAUGUGAACCCUUUAUACUGUGAGUGGCUACUGCCUUCAAACUUUUAACAUUCUUGUGCUUGUAUUUAUGUUACAUAUAAUAUAAAUGUUUGUUAUAUUUUUGUGUUACACAGACAAUAAGCCAUAAAUGGAUAAGAUGAAAAAUUCCAACACAAGGUUGUAAAUCUUUAGCGUUCUCUACCUCAAGGCUGAGUUGUUCAGUCUGACACAGGGCUCC